AGUCCCCUUGUCAGUUGAUGAAUAAAGAUCCUAGUACAAAGAAAAUUAUCGCAGACCCUUUUUUAUUCGAAAUUUUCGUCUGGUGCAUAUAAUUCGCCAAAUUUUGAACGCUUGUAGAAUUCCUUCAUUUUAUUUUUGAGAACAUUUAUUUACCAUGGACCCCAACUACGUGUCGAUUGCACAAAAGAUCGAGCCUAGCGAGGUGGAGAAGAAAAUUGAAGAAUACCUCCAGCGGGGCACCCCGCGCGAUGCGAAACUGGUGAAAUCUGCGAAAACUGUCAUCAACUCGAAAAGCCUCAUUCAUCCUGACAUGGAUUACGGGGAUUCACUCAGGCAAUUCACCUCGGAAAGUGCAGAUGAUGUUCGGCGUAUAUUAAAGGAAUCCGAUAGUGACACCGCCAAAGAUCUCAUCAACUCCUGUGAUCAGAAUUCAACCUUGAUUGAUCGAUACACAAGGGUAGUGAAAGAGAAUGAGGCGUUGAAGAAGGACUUGGAGAAAAGAGAAUUGGAAUUGAACGCUUUGGGACCACGUUAUAAAUAUAUGGAAAAACAUUUCGAGGACUUUAUUCGCUUGAAGGAGGAGUAUGAGCGUCUCAAGGAGGAUAAAAUUCGAGAAGGGAAAAUAGUAGACACGAGAAACAAAAGUCAACAGACCUGGGCGAGCAGCAUUAUAUGUGACACUUGCGUUAAAACUUUGGAUGUCAUUCAAAGUCCCGAUUUUCAACAUUAUGUAUCAUCUAGACGCGAAGAUUCAUUUUGUCUCAUUAACAGAAGCGAGUUAUUGGAACUCGAGGAGAAGUUCAAAGCGCUUAAGGACACAAUUUCGGAACGAGAGCGUGAAUAUGAGAAUCGAUUCGAAAAAGCCGAGAUUAUUCACCUGACAGCGUUGAACUGCAAAUAUCGAUCACAAUUGCAAGACUUACAUCGAAAAAAUAAACAAAACCAUAACUGGGCAAACGCUCUGCAAAAGAUAAUUGCAAAAUUGUGUGCAAGGGAUGAGCUGGGUGACCUAACGGAGCAAGAACAUGGCUGGGUGGAUCGCAUCGUUGACAAAUAUCUUUCCAUAGAAGAAGCGUCACGCGAACAGCCUGAAUUCGAAGCAAGUGGCAGCCAUGACAGUCUUCCCACGUCCGACCACCCUUCAGAGGAUCGUCAGUAGUGAACAAACAACUAUGUACAAUUAGCAUUUCGGAUUGUUUAGUGUAUUUUUUGGCCUUCUGUAUUAUUUAUCCAAGUAUUGGGAAAAAUUAUUUUGUUUAGAAUUCGGCGUCCUAAAUAUAUUUAUCC